CAACAUACCGGAGUAUUUACAAAUAACUAAUAAUAUAUUAUUUAGUUUGUUAAAUUAAUAAAUAAUUUAUAAUGUCUGUUAAAAGGAAACCUGAAGGACAAAUUCCUGCUGAAGAAAGUGAUUUGUUACUCAUAAGACCUUUGGGCGCUGGACAAGAAGUAGGACGAUCAUGUAUUAUGUUGGAAUUCAAGGGCAAAAAAAUUAUGUUGGAUUGUGGUAUCCACCCCGGUUUAUCAGGACUUGAUGCGUUACCAUUCGUUGAUUUAAUAGAAGCAGACGAGAUUGAUCUUUUAUUAAUUUCACAUUUUCAUUUGGAUCAUUGUGGAGCCCUGCCAUGGUUUUUGCAAAAAACAAGUUUCAAAGGACGUUGUUUCAUGACACACGCUACUAAAGCUAUUUAUAGAUGGUUGUUGUCUGAUUAUAUAAAAGUCAGUAACAUUUCGACAGAGCAAAUGUUAUACACCGAAGCAGAUUUAGAAGCGAGUAUGGAUAAAAUUGAAACCAUGAAUUUCCAUGAAGAACGUGAUGUCCUUGGUAUAAAAUUCUGGGCCUACAAUGCUGGCCAUGUUUUGGGUGCUGCUAUGUUUAUGAUAGAAAUUGCAGGAGUCAAAAUUUUGUACACUGGUGAUUUUUCGAGGCAAGAAGAUCGACAUUUGAUGGCUGCAGAAAUUCCGGCUGUACAACCUGAUGUACUAAUAACGGAAUCUACAUACGGAACACAUAUACAUGAAAACCGUGAAGACAGAGAAAACCGAUUUACAAGUUUAGUGGAAAAUAUAGUCACCCGCGGCGGAAGAUGUCUGAUACCAGUUUUUGCAUUAGGACGAGCCCAAGAAUUAUUGCUAAUUCUGGACGAAUAUUGGUCAAAUCAUCCAGAUCUUCAUGAUGUACCAAUUUACUAUGCUUCAUCCUUAGCAAAAAAAUGUAUGGCUGUUUAUCAAACAUACAUAAAUGCUAUGAACGAUAGGAUUCGAAGACAGAUUGCUGUUAACAAUCCUUUUGUAUUUAAACACAUCAGUAAUCUUAAGGGUAUAGACCAUUUUGAAGACGUAGGUCCAUGUGUAGUAAUGGCUUCACCAGGUAUGAUGCAAUCAGGUUUAUCACGAGAACUUUUUGAAUAUUGGUGCACGGAUUCAAAAAACGGUGUAAUCAUAGCAGGUUAUUGCGUCGAAGGCACUUUAGCAAAAACAAUCCUAUCAGAACCUGAUGAAAUCACGAGUAUGUCUGGACAAAAACUACCCUUAUCGUUAUCAGUAGACUAUAUAUCAUUUUCUGCACAUACUGAUUAUCAACAAACCAGCGAAUUUAUUCGGUUGCUUAAACCAGCACACGUGGUGUUAGUCCAUGGUGAACAAAACGAAAUGAGUCGUUUAAAAUCAGCUUUACAAAGAGAGUAUGAAAAUGCUCCUCAGGGACAACAAUUGACUUUACACAAUCCGAGGAACACACAUGCGGUCGAGUUGUAUUUUAGAGGAGAAAAAACAGCUAAAGUUAUGGGAUCUUUAGCCGUAGACAGACCGAUAGCUGGUCACAGAUUAUCAGGUGUCAUUGUUAAACGAGAUUUUAAAUACCAUGUACUUGCUGCCAGUGAUUUAGGUAAAUACACAGACAUGUCCAUGUCCUUAGUAACCCAAAGACAAUCUUUACAUUGGACAGGAAGUGUUCCGCAUUUAAUGGCACUUUUGGCAAGAUUUGGCAAAGUCGAACACAUCGAAGGAGAUAAACAUUUGAAAUUAUUUGAUUGCAUUGAUCUCACAUUCGAAGGUAAAUGUGCAAUUCUAGAAUGGCAAGCCACACCAGUAAGUGAUAUGUAUGCAGAUUCAGUGAUUGCUUCUAUGUUGCAAAUCGAAAUGAUUCCAAAUUCUUCCACAAUGCCUGUUACACCUGUGCCGAAGGCUGAUAAAAUGCAUUAUAAGGAAUGUUUGAUCGAAACAUUACAGGACAUGUUUGGUGUGGAUUCGGUGCCAAAAUUAUUCAAAGGUGAUAUUUUAAAUGUUACUGUUGGCAAAAGCGAAGCUGAAGUGGAUUUACAAAAUUUGGUUGUUACGUCGAAAGAUGAAACUUUGCAAAGGAUGGUUCAAACUGCAGUAACAAAAUUACAUGAAGCCAUCAUGCCCAUACAUUAA